GCCAACGAUAAACCCCACCCCCGUUCUCACGCUCUCCUCCUCCUUCCUCCUUCCUUCUUCCUUCUUCCUUCCCCCUGCUUCUUCUCGCUUGUAGCCGGAGCGACGACGCCGGCUGCUGCUUCAAUCCCGCCUCCGCCCCGUCGAGCUCUUCUCGCUUGCCCUGCACACCUUCUCCUUCUCCUUCUUCUCCUUCUUCUUCUUCAUCGCCUCCCUUCACAGUUGGAAUCUUGAAUCUCCUGCUCGCGCCUUCCCAUUGAAUCACCACCGAUCGUGUCCCGCCACCAUCUUCUGGGCGGCCUCGUCCUACUCCUCUGCUUCUCUUUCGAGCCGCAGGUAAAGAAGGAACCUAAUUACUCGAGGGUAGCGAGUGAAAUGAGGUUUGGAAUCCUAAGAAACAUCAUCCAACCGCUGUCCAGAACCCUACAACCCCGCACAUUCGUCUCUUCAGGGACGAACCCGUUCCGGGUCACGCCUCUCGAGACUAAUCCCCAGGUCCUCCAUGGUGGGAGCUCGCUGUCGAAGCUACUGGCUCCGUGGAAUCAAGCGUUCUCUCACAUCCACAGCUUGACCGACACGCGAUACCCCAAGAGAAGGCCUGUUGACAAGCCCCGUCGCAAAAGGGCCAGCCUGAGACCCCCGGGUCCAUAUGCGUGGGUUCAGUAUGUUCCAGGUGAACCCAUACUUCCAAAUAGGCCCAACGAAGGAAGCGUCAAGAGGAGGAACGAAAAAAAGCGCAUCAAGCAGCGCCAUGCUUUUAUAGUGGCCGAACGGAAGAAAAGAAAAGCUCUAGUGCAAGAAGCUAAUAGAAAGAAAAUCAAUGCUCGGGUAGAGAGAAAGAUGGCUGCAGUGGCAAGAGACAGAGCAUGGGCACAGAGGUUAGCUGAGCUGCAGCAACUUGAGGAAGAGAAGAAGAAGUCCAUGGCUGAAACUUAGCUUGCUUGGUCCGUUGAGCAGAAAAUGGCUACUGCUAAUUUUAUUUUAUUUUUUUCCUUCUUUGGUGGAUCAUAGUUGAAAACUCUUGUUGCUGGAGCUCCUGUUUAGGUUUACCUCUUGAUCAGGUGAGUUUUGUAGACUAAUAAAAAUUGAUUGAUUCUCGUCAUGUUUUUCGUACUCAUGCCAAUUAGCUUCUCAAGCAAAACGGACUCUUAGAACAUGUAUGACAUCUGGAUAGUUGAUGCUGGAGCAACCUCGAUUAUUUUGUCAUAGUCUCAGUUGAUGAGAUGUAAUGCAGUUCACUCACAGAAGAUACAGUAGAAGCUGGUAUCAAUUUGGUGAGGUAGGCACUCAUGUGUGCGAGGGAUGAUUGGAUUGUAAAAAAGCCUGCUUCUAAACCUGAUCAUUAAUGUUUCUGGUGCAUCUUCUCAUAAUCCUUUUAA